AUGACAGGCAUCAAGCGCUAUGGAUCAUCGGGUGCGCACACGGUGGAAGGCAACGCAGCCGGAUCAAGGGCUGCGCACUUGACCAAACAGCGCGAGGAACAGCAAAAGGAAUACGAAGCAAAAGUCCAAAACAUUGAGAAGACCAAUCGUCGUGGGACGCUAAUUGAUGCCAAUUUUCAAUCGCAUCAAGACGACGACGAGAGCGAAUUCAAGCGCCAGACGGUAGGACUAGUGACGGCGGAAGAGUUUAGAAAGAAGCGCGAGGAUCUGCAAAACCGCAAAAGCUCAAAUGUAGAUAAUGACGAUGUGCGUUUUGGCGAACAGCAAAAAGAGGCAAAGAAGAAGAAGAGACGAAAAACCAAGGUGAUGGGGCCGCUCUCAUUUGAUCUUGAUGACGACAAAGACGAACAUGAUACAUCAGUGACGCCUAAGCGAGUUAAAAAGAGCAUUAAAAAUCCAAACGUUGAGACGGAUUUUUUGCCGGAUAAGGAACGCGAAAAGGAAGAGGCGCGUGAGCGAGAAAAACUUCGGGCAGAGUGGGAAGAAGAGCAAGAGCGCAUUAGAAACGAGAGUGUUGCGGUGACCUACAGUUACUGGGAUGGCUCAGGUCACCGUCGGGAGAUCACAGUUCCGAAAAAAACAACAAUUGGCAAAUACCUUGAGCUUGUCAAGCAGCAGCUAGUGCCAGAGUUUGCCGAGUUGCGCAGUGUCAGUGCAGAGAAGCUGAUCUACGUUAAAGAGGACUUAAUUAUUCCUCAUCACUACUCUUUUUACGAUUUGAUCGUAACCAAAGCGCGAGGAAAAAGUGGACCACUGUUCCAUUUUGACGUGCACGACGAUGUGCGCCUCGUCCAGGACCGGCGCAUCCAAAAAGACGAGUCGCACCCAGGUAAAGUUGUCGAUCGGUAUUGGUACGAGAAAAACAAGCACAUCUUUCCUGCCAGUCGAUGGGAAGUGUAUGAUCCGAGUGUAGUUCGCGAGAAGUACACAAUCCAUGGUGAUUGA